GUAGUGCCGGGCAGGGCGCGCGGCGAGUGAGCGCGGCCCCGCUCCGCUGCCGCCGUCUCCGCCGCCGCCGCUGCCGCCCCCGCCCCGGCAUGAGGAAACGCAACGAGUCGGUCACGGUGGAGCAUGAGCGCGCCGCCGCCGCCUCCGCCGCGCCCGGGCCCCUCGACAAGGGCUGUAGCCUGAGGCGAAGCCUGCGCCUGCCUGCCUCCGCCGCCGCCGAGGGCAUGAAGCGACCGCUGGGCAGGCGAUACGGAUUAUGGUUUCGAUUGAGGAAAUUAUUACUCUGGUUGCUGGGAGUGUACAUAGCCAUCCCAUUUCUAGUAAAACUUUGCCCUGCUAUUCAGGCAAAGCUGGUCUUCCUAAACUUUGUGAGGGUCCCAUAUUUCAUUGACUUGAAAAGACCACAGGAUCAAGGUUUAAACCACACCUGUAAUUAUUAUUUGCAGCCAGAGGAGGAUGUAACCAUUGGAGUCUGGCACACAGUCCCUGCAGCCUUAUGGAAGAACGCCCGAGGGAAGGACCAGCUGUGGUUUGAAGAGGCUCUGGGCUCCAGCCACCCUGUAAUCCUUUACCUGCACGGCAAUGCAGGCACAAGAGGAGGGGAUCACCGGGUGGAGCUUUACAAGGUUCUCAGCUCCCUCGGGUACCACGUGGUGACGUUUGACUAUCGAGGCUGGGGUGACUCAAUAGGCAGCCCUUCAGAGAGGGGAAUGACCUACGACGCCCUUCACGUCUUCGACUGGAUAAAAGCCCGGAGCGGAGACAACCCUGUCUAUAUAUGGGGACACUCCCUGGGCACAGGAGUCGCAACAAAUCUGGUGCGGCGCCUCUGCGAGAGAGAAACGCCCCCGGAUGCCCUGAUCCUGGAAUCUCCGUUCACCAACAUCCGGGAGGAGGCGCGGAGUCAUCCCUUUUCUGUGAUAUACAGAUACUUCCCUGGAUUUGACUGGUUCUUCCUUGACCCCAUCACAACAAGUGGAAUUAAAUUUGCAAACGAUGAGAAUGUGAAAUACAUUUCUUGCUCCCUGCUCAUCCUUCAUGCUGAGGAUGAUCCAGUGGUACCAUUUCAUCUGGGAAAAAAGCUUUACAACAUCGCAGCGACGUCGCGGAGCUUCCGGGACUACAAGGUGCAGUUUGUGCCCUUCCACACAGAGCUCGGCUACCGGCACAAGUACAUCUACAGGAGUCCAGAGCUACCUCGGAUACUGCGGGAAUUCCUGGGAAAAUCUGAACAUGAGCAUCAUCACUGAAGACUGUCUGCUUGUCAGCACAGAGAUUUUCAUUUCCUUCCUCUCUCUUUUUCCUCCCCGCUCCCUGUGGGUCAGUCUGCCGUUCUUCCAUCCCUGGCACUAGAGGAGGUCAGGGAUUCCCAUUCCAGUCCUGAUGUGUACCCUUGGCAACUCCAGCUUCUGGCAUCAGCAUCUGUGACGGCAGAAGGAAGAAGCUGUUGGCUUCUUUUUGGACUUGGACGGAGGGGUGGUAACAGCCCAGGAGCCAGUACCAAACCGUGAGAAAUGUAAGCGCAGUGAAGCCUCGCCCAUCCCUCGUGGUGCUGCUGAGGACAGAUGUUCCUAGGACACUGUGUCAUGACCAAGGAUGUUUCUUUUUCUUUUAAACACUGCUGCUGUUUUUGGAUCAUGUAGAGAUACAUUUGUAGGCAAGUGGCUUUUGCCACAUCUCCUUACUGCAGGUGUCUUGCUUGAGUUUGAGGUGUUCUCUUUCUAGAAAAUACAUGUUUUGCCUUUCCUUUU